AUGACUAUUUUGGCAAGCAGAAAAGCCACAGUGAUAGCAUCACUGUGCUCAACAGUUUGUAUCAUGAGUGUUGUUAUUUUGCUACCACUGAUGCAUUUUCAUAGCCAAAAAAUAAUUGCUUCAAUGCUAUCCCAAAUUGACUUAUGCAAGGCUGAAUCAAGUGAUAUUUGGAAACAAUUAACAGUAAUUGGCAAGAAUAAUCGAAAUACUCGUUCAGUAAGGUUAGACUUGCCAUAUGUCGGUAAUUUUGUAAAUGACGCAUGCUGUACUUGCUCACAGGGAUCACCAGGACCUCGUGGACCUCCUGGAAAAGAUGGUCUACCUGGUAAAGAUGGUGGACCAGGUAAAGAUGGAACUAGGGGACGAGAUGGCAGAUAUCUUCCUGCUCCUCCACCAGGCACUCAUGCUUGUCAGAAAUGCCCACCAGGCCCACCUGGACCACCUGGUUUUCCCGGACCUAAAGGUAUGCGUGGCAGUCGAGGAUUACCAGGUAGGCCUGGAAAACCUGGAGAACCAAACCGUCCUGGACCACCAGGACCACCAGGUCUUCGUGGAGAGCCUGGACCUCCUGGACCAAAAGGGCCAACUGGUGAUCGUGGUAAAGUAUUAAAUGGAGCACCACCUGGACCAGUCGGUCCUCCGGGACAUGUAGGUCCACGUGGAGCUCCUGGUAUUAAAGGACAUGAUGGAAAACCAGGAUUGCCUGGUAAUCAAGGUGUAAGAGGCCAGGUAGGAGAAAGAGGAUCUGCAGGAAACGCUGGACUACCAGGUCCACCUGGACCUCCAGGAGAGCCAGGACAGCCUGGUACUUGCUCCCACUGUCCAGGAAUAGCGCCAUCAAGAACUUCAGUUAGUCAUCCAGUAACGAAUUCCCAAAAAGUCACUACCACUCAACGUCCAACAGAAUCGUUAAGACAAACACGCAUGUCGUUAUCAGUAUCGCCCCAAAUUUCUGAUCCAGAAUCAAUUCAGAAACAAGAUGAUAGAGAAUAUUUAUGGAUUCAAAAAUAG